AGAAUCAGCAGCUCCUUCUAGCAUCCUUCAUCCUUCAGGUACCAGCCAUCUGGGCAGAACUUAAGCUGUGGAGACUGAGACCACCCCUCCAAGGAUCUCGUCUGAGCAUCUCUAGUGACCUUCUCUGCAUUAACUGUCAGUGCUACGGAUAUUUUUAGCUCCAAGUCCUGGCAGGGUGGGGCACCUAUCUGAGGCAGGGUUUGGUGCCCCCUCCCCACUGACCCUACAUCCCUGGCUGCCGCUGCUGUUACUUCAGGAUGAAAGGGGAGACCCCCGUUAACAGCACUAUGAGUAUUGGUCAAGCACGCAAGAUGGUGGAACAGCUUAAGAUUGAGGCCAGCUUGUGCCGGAUAAAGGUGUCCAAGGCAGCAGCAGACCUGAUGACAUACUGUGAUGCCCACGCUUGUGAGGACCCCCUCAUCACUCCUGUGCCCACUUCCGAGAACCCCUUCCGGGAGAAGAAGUUCUUCUGUGCGCUCCUCUGAAGAGCGGUGGACCUCCUCUGAACUCAUCGCCCCCUCCCAGACCCGCCCUUAGAUUGGAAAUUGUAGUAGAUCACUUCUACCCGCAUUUACCCGGAGAUUAUUUGAAGCACAAGGCCCUCCUUACCCAUGUCUACCCCAUCUCCUCACCCUUUCAGGCUAACUCCAAGCACCUUCUACUCUAUCUAUAAAGGGACCCCGCUAAACUGCCAAAAUCCUGCCUGUUUCCCUCGGUGAUCCAUCCGUUCAGGCAAUGGAGAGGGGGAUGCCCGGGUGCUCACCUGGAGCUAUGAAAGGUAAAGGCAUUUGAAGAAUAAAGUCAUUCAGAGCCUCAGAGGACAACGUCUGUGUUAGCGUUCUUGGGAAAGAGGAUCCUUAAUCGAUACACUUGCCAUAUCCAGGGAACAGGGCCAGUCGAGCCCGUUAGACAUUGUAAGGAUUGGAGAUCGCAAAGUAUAAGGUGCCCGAGCGCCCCCAGUGGGGGGUUGUUAAAACGAGCGCUCAGAAGCCGCGGAGCAUUCACACGAGCGCGCAACGUAAGCGGCGAGAACCACACAAGGGCGAGCAGGGUGGGUUUCCGCAGGCCCAGGGACAGCAGCCCCGGGGGGAGGUGGCCCGAGAGGCCGUGGGGCGGGACAGGGCGACUCGGCGCGGCAGCCAAUGCCCAAGAUGGCGGCUGCCUGUUCGUACCCGCAUGGAGGCACGCGCCGAGGGUGCUCUUAAAAUGGCGGUCCCCAGCGUUCCCAAUAGGGAACGAUCCCUUAUGCGAUCCUCUGGUCUUAAAAUGGCUGCCCCUGCCCUCUCAAAGUCAGAGUCAGGUUCUCUGUCCCAUAGAAUCUGGAACUAGACAUGCUUUGGAGACCAAUCACGGGGAGUGGGGAUGGGGAGACACCUAAAGCAGUCAUGGGUUCUUAAGUUCAGUGUGGUGACCAACACUCCGGAGGUGUUGGACACACACAGAGGCAGAUGGAUCUCUGAGUUCCAAGCCAGCCACGACGACACACAAUACACAAUGAAAUCCUGACUUAAAACAACCAGUCACUAGGACUGGGACCCAAGAAGCCCAGAGUGAGUUUUGCAUAAGAAUCUCGCCUGAGUAGAGGUUCCCUUUGAGGUGUAUGUAAUAACACAAAUGUGUUAAACAGGCCAUCUUGGAGCACCCUGUUCCUUGGUCUCUGUGGGAUCUAAAUAAGUAAUAAAUUUGUUUUCUUGUUGAA